AGUCUCCUCCCUGGACAACGACAGUGGGCCGUCAUCAGUUGCUUCGGGACACGUUCUGCAUGUGGCCCCAGCUCUCGCAGGUGGGCAACAACCGCAAGCAACGAUGUAUCAGGGCGGCUCCUCAUCAGCCGGCGGGCCGCACAACGAGCCAAUGCCGCAAGGAGCCCCUCAGGCUUGCAGCGCGUGCGGGCAUGCAUCGCCGGGACUGCCAGCACAGCAGGAUGGGCGUGGCCUCCAAAUGUCGCCUGUGUCAUUUAUUGGGGCACCCAAUGCGCAACUCGUGCCACCUGAACACUGUUUGCCUUGUUGCUUCCAAUGGGAAUCCAAGGCGCUUGGAGAUCAACCUGAUGCCCAGGGGCAACCAGAGGGACUACUGCCACCAGCUGCUACAGCGAGAAAUGCAAUUCAAGGCGCUCAGGAACGGCCACAGCAAAAUUCAGCACCUGCACCUCGUCAGAUGAUGUACUCCCAUGAUCCAUGCAGAUGGCAGCCUCGUUCUUAUUCUGCUGAGAUAUGCCAGCGCUGUUGCUCUGCCAAGGAGUCAGUUCAGCCUGCUGUUUCAAGUGUACCUCAUACCACACCAGCAUCUUACCAACUAUACGACAGUCUAGAUUCUGUGAGCAGAGGAGGAGGAGCAAGAAGAAAAGAGUUCCUUGUUGUAGACCCAACAUCAGGUAGAGCAGAAAAAAUUCAGGUGCUACAAUCCGGCUCAUAUAGCCUUACACCUGCGCAAGGAACGCAAAGAAAUAAUCUGCAGUCACUGGCACCUGCCCAAGCAAUCCAGCCAAUGGGAACAGUUCAGCGAGAGUCCUCCAGUUUGCCUCCACCUACGCAAAUACCCCCCUUUCUGCAACCAUCUGGAACAAGAGGAGUGCAGAUUCCACAACAAUCUGAAGUACCGGGUAUGACUCAGAGAACGGCCAAUGGUGCAGCUGUGCAUGUGCGAUUGCCAGUGCCAUCAGCUUUGAGUCAGCAACAGUCCACCAAUCCAACUGCAUCAGGGAAUACAUCGAGUUCAGUGGCCCAUGUCGAACAUCAACCCCUUGUACAAGAUGCUGUUGUAAGAGACUCCUUGCCAAACACACAACCCCAGGCAGCAAGCAGGUUCCAACCCCCAGUUACUAAAAUAGGUGCUGUAGCAUUAAAAAUCUUGCAGGACAACUCACCACAGCCAGCAAGAGAAUCUUUUGGAUACAUUUAUGACCAACGACGUCGGCUUAUUAUGCGUAAACAUCACCAAAUUCCGAACAUAGGUUUUCGUUCUUUGUAUGACAAUGCUUUGGACUACAUGCAGACCCGAACUCCAAUGGCAUCUGAUGAAGCUGCAUCACAGGAGCCACUGAUAGAUGUACUACCUACGUCUGUGGUAGUCAUUGAGAGCCAAGACACUGGAAAGGGAAGAAAAUCGCAAACCACCACAACUCAGGUAGACACACUGGCACAACCACAACAAUAAUCCGAAAUGGCCAGAUCAGAGCCUGUGUCCACGGAAACUGGUCAGCAGGGUGGGAGACAAGUAUCCACAAUGGAGAAAGCAUCACAACCCACCACAUCUCAGGGAGCCACACUGGCACAACCACAGCGAUUGUCUGAGAUGGCCAGAUCAGAGUCUGUGUCUACAGAAAGUGAUCAGCAAGAUGUGACCCAGAAACUUGCAAAGGAGAAUGCAUGGCAACCCACCACAUCUCAGGCAGUCACACUGGCAAAACUACAGCGGUUGUCUGAGAUGGCUGGAUCAGAGUUCGCGUCUACAGAAACUGGUGAGCAGAGUGGGAGCCAAGCAUCCGCAAACGAGAACACAUCACAACCCAACACAUCUCAGGCGGCUACACUGGCACAACCACAGCGAACAUCUGAGAUGACCAUAUCAGAGUCUGUGUCUCCAGAAACAGAUCAGCAAGGUGGGAGCCCAGAAUUUGCAAAGGAGAAUGUAUGGAAACCCACCACAUCUCAGGCAGACACACUGGCAAAACCACAGCAGUUGUCUGAGAUGGCUGGAUCAGAGUUCGCGUCUACAGAAACUGGUCAGCUGAGUGGGAGCCAAGCAUCUGCAAAGGAGAACGCGUGGCAACUCACCACAUCUCAGGCAGCCACACCAUUGCAACCACAGCGAUCAUCUAAAUUGGCCAGAUCAGUGUCCGUGUCUACAGAAAUUGGUCAGCAGGUGCAGGACGUCAGCUACAGAUUAUUAUUUGCAGCGAAUUGGCUGUGGGCAUGAAAUCAGACGUCCAAGGAUCGACUCUGUCACUGCAGCUAUCUAUUUCUUUUAGACAGAGACAUGCAUAGCCUAAGUACGAGCAACCACAGAAUUAGAGAAGAUUUCGCCACACCCGGCUCAAGGAAGAAUGAUGCUUCCGACUCUGAAGGAAACACGUAAAACAGUCUCAGACGACACUACUGUGACAAAACGGGUCCGGAGAAACUUGGAGCAGGCUGCAUGGCGACCCUUCUACUCCGACUACCGCUGCUUCCCAUGCUGGACGGCCGAACUCUUGAAGUCUGAACACUGCAGCUCAACUUAAAAA